UCAGUGGUUGUCAAUGCAGACACGUAUGUCGUGUUGCUCGGUGCGAUAGCUGAGUUUUCUGUGCCGGAAGAUGGCUUGAUGAAAGGUAGGGAAGUCCACGGACAUCUUCUUAGAACUGGACUUAUCGAUUUGAAAAUUGCUGUCAGUAAUAGUCUGGUUAAUAUGUACGCCAAAUGUGGUGCCAUUGAAAAAGCCUCUAGAGUUUUCCAGUUGCUUUCUGUAAGGGAUCGGGUUUCAUGGAACACUAUUAUCUCGGUUCUUGAUCAGAAUGGUUACUGUGAAGGUGCAAUGAUGAAUUACUGUACAAUGAGGCAAGGUUGUAUAAGUCCAUCGAAUUUUGCAGCAAUUAGCGGCUUGAGCUCAUGUGCAAGUUUGGGACUUUUGGCUGCAGGCCAGCAACUGCAUUGUGAUGCUGUAAAGUGGGGACUGGAUUUAGAUACCUCUGUUUCAAAUGCAUUGGUUAAAAUGUACGGAGAAUGUGGAGCUAGGUCCGAGUGCUGGGAAGUUUUCAACUCUAUGGCUGAACAUGAUGUUGUUUCCUGGAAUUCUAUCAUGGGUGUCAUGGCUAAUUCGCAAGCACCUAUUGCUGAAUCCAUUGAAGUAUUCUCCAAUAUGAUGAGGAGUGGUUUGGCCCCAAAUAAAGUAACAUUUGUUAACUUACUGGCUGCAUUGUCACCGUUGUCUGUGCUUGAAUUGGGAAAGCAGGUUCAUGCUGUGGUGCUGAAGCAUGGAGCUAUAGAAGAUAAUGCAGUGGAUAAUGCUCUGAUGUCAUGUUAUGCUAAGUCAGGAGACAUGGAUUCUUGUGAGCAGCUGUUUUCUGAAAUGUCAGGCAGGAGGGAUGCUGUCUCAUGGAAUUCAAUGAUUUCAGGUUACAUCUACAAUGGCCAUCUGCAGGAGGCUAUGGAUUGUGUUUGGCUUAUGAUGCACAGUGACCAAAUGAUGGACUGUUGCACCUUCUCCAUUGUACUGAAUGCAUGUGCCUCUGUCGCAGCAUUGGAACGUGGGAUGGAGAUGCAUGCUUUCGGUAUUAGGUCACAGUUGGAAUCAGAUGUUGUGGUUGAGAGUGCUCUUGUUGAUAUGUACUCCAAGUGUGGAAGGAUAGACUAUGCUUCAAAGGUGUUCAAUUCCAUGAGUCAGAAAAAUGAGUUCUCAUGGAACUCUAUGAUUUCUGGUUAUGCGAGACAUGGUCUUGGAAGAAAAGCUUUGGAUAUCUUUGAAGAAAUGCAGCAAAGUGGAGCAAAUACAGACCAUGUCACAUUUAUCAGUGUUCUGUCUGCCUGCAGUCAUGCUGGAUUGGUAGAUAAAGGUCUAGACUACUUUGAAAUGAUGGAGGACCAUGGUAUAGUACCUCAGAUUGAACAUUAUUCUUGUGUUAUAGACCUGCUUGGUCGAGCUGGUAAGCUCACUAAGAUACGGGAAUACAUCAAGAGAAUGCCAAUGAAACCAAAUGCACUUAUAUGGAGGACCGUAUUAGUUGCUUGUCGGCAAUCAAAGGACAGGGACAAGAUAGAUCUGGGGAGAGAAGCUUCAAGGAUGCUUUUGGAAUUAGAACCUCAAAAUCCUGUAAACUAUGUUCUCGCAUCUAACUUUUAUGCAGCAACAGGAAGGUGGGAGGAUACAGCCAAAGCACGAGCUGCAAUUGGGGGGCAGCAGUGA